GCAUGCAGCCAGGCCUGAAAGGAAGCUGGGCGGAGGGAGGUUAGUCCACGGCUACUGAGUCUGUAGCUACAUCUGCCAAAAGCAGGCAUCUUACACCCGUUUGUGCGCAGAGCUAGAGACCACCUGGAGUGUCGGGGAGAAGAAAAAUCAUGAUCAUACAAGGCCGUUUGGUUCGCCAAUGUGCCUGGAGAUUCGCCAGCUGUAGGUAGUUCGAUAACGAGGAAACUUUGGAACUGGCUUUUGAGUGUAGUCUUCAACAGUGAAGUUGGAUAACUGAAGAGUGCAUUGUAGAUUUUGAAAUAGAUUUGAAAUAGUUUAAAUUUGAGAAUUGAUCGGCGGUGACAAGACGGCCAGCCUCGGAAUGGAUGAGGAGCUUGCAUCAGUUUCAUUGUUGACACGCCAGGUAUACGUGGCUGCUGACUCGAUCAAUCUUGCCAGAGACCAGCUUCUCUUCUUCGCUUGUACAGUGUUUGCGUUUGUGGGCAGUGCCCUGUUCAAUCUGCUGCUACCGCCGGUGCGCACAUCCACCGCUCUCCGCCAUGCUGUGCUGACAACGUUUGGCGUUCUGCUGUUGUUCUACUGUUACGGCGGCACGCAAACAUGUAUUCUGGUUGUAGUGAGCGUCGUUUCUCAGCUAUUGAUGCAGUAUGCACCUGCUAAUUACAUGCAUGUAUUGGUGUUCAUCGUCUCGAUGGGAUGCCUGGCAGGCACACACAUCUUCAACAUGGUGUUUCACUUUGGAGAGUAUAAAGUUGACUAUACAGGGUCUUUGAUGGUAAUCACAGCCAAAAUCAGUGGCAUGGCCUUCGCUCUGCAUGACGGUGUAUACAAGAAAGCCGAGUCGCUAACAGCGGAGCAGAAGCAGCUCAGCCUUGCGAGGUUUCCUUGCCUGCUGGAGUACUACAGUUAUCUCUUCAACUUCCCAUCCGCGCUGGCCAUGCCGAUGGCUAGCUUCAAGGAGUAUGCUACGUUCGUGUCUGGUGCUAGUCUGCCAGCAGACAUACGUAGUGGAAAGAAGCGCCUCUUCUCAAACUAUCUUCCCGCUUUCGGUAAGGCUGGGUAUGGUAUAAUCCUUCUCGGCCUCCACCUUGUCAUCUCUCCGAUGUUCCCGAUUCUAGAUACUGCCAAGGAGGACUUUCUUGGAUACUCGUUUGUCUACCGCGUUGCUUACAUGUACGUGGCGGGUCUGUUCCUGAGGUGUCGCUACUACUUUGCCUUUGUCUUUGCGGAUAGCACUGUGAACGCCGCUGGUUUUGGCCACUGUGUGGACAAGAAGACCGGACAGUCCUCUUGGGACGGGUGUACAAACAUCCGGCCAUUCUCUGUGGAGCUUGCCACCAGCCCCAAGACCGCCAUUGACAACUGGAAUAUCCAGACCGGCCGAUGGUUGCGCUACAUUGCAUAUGAGCGGUUUCCUUGGGCGCCACGUGUGGCCACGUUUGUCCUCUCCGCCAUUUGGCAUGGCUUUUACGGUGGCUAUCUGGUCUCUAUGCCUUUCUCCGCAUUCCUGGGAGAAGCAGCUGUGCGGGUGCGUCGCCGUGUUCGUCCCUAUUUCCAGACCUCGUCUAGCAGGGCUCUGCUGUACGAUCAGAUAACACGCAUUGGUACCAUGGUGCACAUGAACUACGCCCUGACGCCGUUCAUGUGCCUGGAGUUUUGGCCUGGCAUGCUGGCUUGGAGGAAUGUGUACUUCUUUGGCACGUUCACCAUUUUCGGAGUAUUGCUCUUUGUACCAGCAAAGAAGCGUCCAGCACCAGCAACCGCCACCGCCAAUGGUGUUGUCAGCGAUGGCAGCAAUGGUGUUGUCAGCAAUGGCAGCAGUGGUAGCAAUGGAAUAAAGCCACAUUCCCAAUAGACCAGCAGAAUGCACGUGCCACUGGUACUUGUUAAUUGUUCCACUGUGCACGGUGAAUGUCUACUUCUCAACCCUUGCUUCAACUGUCCUAUGCUAUAUUUAUGCUUACAAUUUUUUAUUGUUCUGUGGUGGUGUGGGGAUCGCAGCUUAUUUCAAUUCUUCAUUGCAAUUUUUAUUAUAUUGGCGUGUCAGGCUGUCUUGGCAACUUUAAGAUACGGGGUGCUGGUGCAUGCCAAGACAAGAAGGUUUUCUGGUCCUGCACUACACCCUUUUUUUAUUUCCUUCCCGUUUUGUGACUCUUUUCUCUACCAACCUUUCGCUGUUUUUGUCUAGAGCCUUGAAUGUUUAGUGUUCUGUUGCACAAAUCUUCAAUCGUUGUAAUAGAGCAGCGUUUUGUUCUGACUGUACAAGUAGAUUUUGAUAGGAUUCCGUUCUCUUUCCUUAGAUUUAAUGGUGCUUGCCAUAGUUUAGCUGCAAGUUUAUAGCAAUUUCAGUCCACGGUGUAUUUAGCUCUCUGGUAGUGCAUGGUGGCGCUAUUCUUCCCCCAGUUUCUUUUCUUCCAAUUAAUUUUCCAAACGUGCAUGUACUGUGUGUGUGGUAUUUGUGUGCGAUCGAUUUCUCUCGAGGCACAAUUUUCGUUUUAUCGGCGCGUGGGUUUUGGCGUGGACAUGUCAAUGAUCUCUAUGUUGAGAAGAGCGUGAUGUUUUGAACUUUUGA